AUGAGAGGCAGCAAAGAAGAUGCUGUUGAUUACAAGUUUUCUAAUGGUGAUGAAGAUCAACAAUUUGAUGAUGAUGGGACUGUAUGGACAGCAAGUGCACACAUUAUAACAUCAAUCAUAGGAACUGGAGUUCUUUCACUAGCAUGGGGCACGGCACAGCUUGGAUGGGCAGGGGGACUCGUGACACUAGUAACGUUUUCGUUCAUCACGUAUUAUACUUCAAAUCUCCUAGCUGAUUGUUACAGAUUCCCUGACCCUGUCACUGGAAAAAGAAAUCAUUCAUAUAUGGAAGAGGUUCGCGCCAAUUUAGGCAGAGUAAACUGCAUUGCUUGUGGGAUAGUGCAAUAUGCCAACUUAAGUGGAAUGGUAAUUGGUUACACGAUUAGUGCAUCGAUAAGCAUGGUGGCAGUGCACAAGUCUAACUGCUUCCACACAAAAGGCCAUUCUGCUUCUUGCAAGUUUAGCAAUAAUCCUUAUAUGAUUGGUUUGGGAAUAUUUGAGAUAUUUUUGUCACAAAUUCCUAACUUUCAUAAGCUCACAUAUUUGUCAACUAUUGCCGCGAUUAUGUCUUUUGGGUAUUCCUCAAUAGGCAUUGGACUUGCUCUUGCCAGGAUCAUCUCAGGCAAAGGAGGGAGUACAACUUUAACUGGAGUGGAGGUAGGCUUAGAUGUAACAGUUGCUGAUAAAGUAUGGAGGACAUGUAGAGCCCUUGGAGAUAUCGCGUUUACAUACAGUUUCUCUGCAGUCCUUGUCGAAAUACAGGACACGCUCAAAUCGGAACCACCAGAGAAUAAGGUAAUGAAGAAGGCCAAUGCAAUAUCAGUGUUCACAACCACAACAUUUUACAUGAUGUGUGGUACCUUAGGCUAUGCUGCAUUUGGGAAUGAUGCACCUGGUAACAUGUUAACUGGAUUCGGGUUUUAUGAGCCUUUUUGGUUAGUAGACUUGGCCAACAUCUUCAUCGUUAUUCAUUUAGCGGGCGCAUAUCAGGUAUAAAACAAUAAUUAA